CAAAAUAAACAGUGCUGUAAAACACCAAAAAGCUGUGUCAUACGAAAAGGAAAACAAGACAUAAGAACUUUCUGGGAUUUUAAACAGAAAAAUAUGCCUUUACUGGAGAACAUCAAAGCCAUGGCCACGAAUCCUACACCAGCUACAAAUACAACGGCCCCCGCAGAUACAGAUAAUCCACAACAGCAAGUCAGGGAACUAACGCAGACGGAUCACCUGAACCGACGUCUUCUAAAAUCCUUGCUGGACAACAUGCAGGCUACCGUAGGUGUUGCGGCUGACCAGGAGGAUGGCUCAAAUGAAGAUUCCAAUAACGAGUUCGAAGAAUAAAUCUUUUUUUAUGUACAAUAAAGAUAGUUAACUAAGA